ACCAGUAGGUGGGGGAGGAGAGUAACUUUUUGGAAUGGAAGAGAGGACUACAGUUCCCAGAAGCCACACACCCCCACACCAUGAGAGGAAGGAAGGACCGAGCCGUAUUAAACAUCCCUCUAGCUAUUGGGCCUCGUAAGAUUCUGGUAUCGGAUUGGCUGGCAUCGUUGACUGGGCGAUUGCUGUGGAGUAAAGAUUCGGAAGUGUCUGCGCUGCGUGGGACCUCUCGGGAUAGAGACAAAGAGGUUCGGGUGGGAGGGUGGGCCGUGCGAGUGAGUGGCGCGAAAGCUGCUUGCUGAAACAUCGGAAUCCCAGAGUAUGCAGUUGCUGGUUCUGUUCAUGUGAAGAUAUUGCAGAACCCAUUUUCAGUCCAGGAUCCAGUGACCUUGCAAAGGUUUCUUGAAGAGUGAUGCCAUCAUGGAGAAUUGUGGGAAUGCGCCCUUGUCAGGGUUUCUCAUUCCGAAGCCGUUUCUCCUGACCUGGAUGCAAGGUAGACAAUUGCCAUGGGUGCCAAUUUUUCAGGGCUUGAACCAAAAGGAGAUCUCUGACACCAGCUCAGUCCUCAGCGAUUCCUCUUAUAUCUUGCUUCUGACCAACCCUCCUGCUCUGGAGAAAAAGCUGGAACAAGUAGAGAACCCAGGGACCCCAGAUCAUCAAACAUCUCAGGAAAAUUGGACUCUGCCAGCUGUCCAGUCAGCAUGUAGAAUGCCAUCCUCGUUUCAGUCUGGAUUGUCCUCUCCUUCCAGACGAAGGGAAACAGGUGUAACAGCAGAAUCAGCUCAGAGACAGGUGACGUUUGAAGAUGUGGCCGUGUAUUUCACAGAGGAGCAGGCAGCUCUGCUGGACCCAAACCAACGAGUUUUAUACAGAGAUGUCAUGGUGGAGAACUAUGAGAAUGUGGCCUCCCUGGGAGGAUUUCUGCUCCCAAAGCCUGAGCUCAUUGUCCGGCUGGAACGAGGGGAAGGACCGUGGAUGUCCGACAUUCAAACCGUGGAUGAUACCCUCAUGACUAACCCAGCAGAAAACUUCCAGAAAAAUCACUUGUGCCCCGAAUGUGGUAAAAGCUUUGCAUACAAAUGCAAGCUUCAGCUACACCAGAGAGUCCACAGAGAAGAGAAGCCUUAUAAAUGUCUGGAGUGCGGGAAAUGUUUCUCUUGGAAAUCGGCCCUUGUAAAGCAUCGGAGACUGCACACGGGAGUGAUGGGAGGGAAACUUCACGAAUGCUUGGAGUGUGGAAAAUGUUUCUCUUGGAAACCAGAUCUUGUGAGACAUCAGAGAUUUCAUAUGAGAGAACCCCUAUAAAUGCCUGGAGUGUGGGAAAUGUUUUGCUUUGGAAGGAAGUCUUUGGAUGCACAGGAGAAUGUACAAGGAAAGAAACCCUAUAAAUGCUUGGAGUGUGGAAGAUGUUUUGCUUACCAGUCACACUUUAUAUACCACCGGAAAGCCUAUAUGAGAAAGAAACACUAUAACCAUUGUGUCAUCUCUAUGGAUUUUUACAAACAAUCAAAGCCUUGUGUGUAAUAAAAAUCUUUAAUGUA